AGUCUCUGAGGGACAAGCUGAGUCAAAACGUCUUGUCCCUCAGAGACAUCAUCAGUCCUUCGGCUGCUGCACUUCUCACUGAGCGGCUGGACAGACACACACACAGUUGGACCGUGGCGUCUGGAUCUCUGCACCAGCAGCUCCAGAGGAGUCAGAGGCUCCUGCAGGCCUGGGAGAUCUACUGCGGCCUGGAGGCGUCUUUCUCCCGACGGCUGCAGAAGCUGCAGAGCGACGUCACGUCCGCUCUGAGCGCGGCGCCUGCGGACGACAACAGCACAGAGCAGGUCGCCGUUAAAAUUGAAAAGCUUCAGAGUCUCCUGCAAAGGGCUGACACUUCGCAGUGUGACCUGCAGGGGGUGCUGGAGGCCUCCAAGGACUUGGUUAGUCACCUGGAACCUUCGGCCGCUGCUCUGGUCCAAUCAGAGAGCAGGUUGUUGUCACGUGGUGUCCUGCAGCUCAUUCAGAGGCUCACAGGGGCGUUGGCUCAGCUGCAGGAGGAGCUGAGGCAGCUGCAGGAGUUUGAAGGCGUCCUGGAGUCAGUGGAGACAAACCUGGAGGUCUGGCAGCAGCGUCUGGAGAACGUGGCUCAGACAGGAGACCAGUCUGGCCUCCUGGAGCUGAGCGGCCUGUCUGCUGACCUGGAUGUGCUCAACGAGCUGAGCUGCAGCCUGACGCUGGGCGACGCCGCAGCUCGACACCUGCGACGCCUCAACCGGCGCUGGGCCGACACCUCCGCCAGAGCUGAGGAGGCCUGCAGCGAGCUGCAGACGGAGUCGCUGAGGCAGCAGAGCUUCGAGCAGAAGUGUGAGAGCUGGAUGUCUUUCCUGCAGAGGAUGGAGGACGGUCUGGCUGUGGACGUGGCCGGAUCGUACGCCGGCCUCCGACAGCAGCUCUGCACACACAAGCGGUUCCAGGCAGAGCUGUCCACCGGUCACCAGAUCCUCCACUCCGUCAUCAGCGAAGCUCUUCACCUGCUGCAGAGAGGAGAGCUGGACGACAGGAGUGACUUCAUCCUGAAGCUGGCCCAGCUCAGGGAGCACUGGCAGGGGGCGGUGCAGCGCGCCGACCAGCGGCGCUCCCUGGUGGAGGGGCUGGUGAGGCACUGGCACCUGUACCACCGCAGCCUGAAGAAGCUGCAGAAGUUCCUGUCGGACACGCACGCCCUCCUGCCCCCCGCCGGGCCCCCCCGCUGCAGCCUGCAGCAGCUCAGACGCUCGCUGCGAGACCUCCAGCACACAGAGCUGCUGUUCCAGAGGUAUCAGUGCAGUUUCAUCCACACGCUGGAGGUCGGCCGGCAGCUCUUUGCCAUGGGGGACGAGGAGACCCAGACUCAGCUGCAGACGGACCUGGGGACCCUGCAGGACGAGUGGGACAGACUCCACGCUCAGCUGGGCCGGAGGAUGGACCUCACCGAAGCCAUCGUCAAGAACUGGGAGCGCUGCGAGGCCGAGCUGGCGGACAGCAUGCUGCAGCUGAAGGACAUGAAGACCAUGGUGAACCAGUUGAUUCCAGAGUGGGACGAUGAGCUGCAGAGAAACGAGAAAUUCAACAAGGAGAACGAGGACUCCCUGGUGGACUGGGCCGAGAGCCUGACGGAGCUGAGCACCAUGAAGACGGAUCUGUCCCAGUACAUCAUCGCUGAUGACGUCCUGCUGCUGCAGGAGCAGGUGGAGCACCUGCACUGUCAGUGGGAGGAGCUGUGCCUCCAGGUGUCUCUGCGUAAACAGGAGAUCGCCGACCGCCUGAACGCCUGGAUCAUCUUCAACGAGAAGAACAAGGAGCUGUGCGAGUGGCUGACGCAGAUGGAGAACAAGGUGCCGCACAACUCCGACCUCAACAUCGAGGAAAUGGUGGAGAAACUCAAGAAG